AUGUUUGUCCUUGCUUUUGAUUUGCGCAGGGAUCGAAACAAGGUGUUGAAAGGAGGGCCUUGGAGAUUCAAUCAGGCUCUUGUUGUGCUUCAAGAAUAUGAUGGUGUUUCCCCUAUUCAUGAGAUUGAUCUGACCUCACUUUUCUUCUGGGUUCGAAUUGGCAACAUACCACCUCUGUUUGAAGAGCCUGACAUGAUAAAGAGCAUUGCGUCGGUGGCUGGUAAGUUUCUUGAAAUGGAUGAUAAACUCUUUGAGAAUGUUGGCAAAGUUAGGGUUCAUGUUGCACAUGAUAUUUCGAAACCUUUCUUUCUCAAGAAAACCCUAAAGCUUGCACCUUAUGUUGAAGUCGAAAUCUCGUAUUUCUUUGAGAACCUUGUGGGUAAAUGUGAUCAUUGCAACCUGAUCUAUCAUGAAGGGGAUCAUUGGCCUUUAAUAGGAAGCCAUGCAGCACCGGUUACAACUAAAGGGAUGGGUGAUCCAAGAGUUGAGAUUGGACGUCAUUCCCUAGGCCAAAAUGCUACAGAGCCUGCAAGCCAUGAUCCAGGUAAGUGCAUGGAACUUGUGAAUGUGAGUGAGGAUGUGGUUAGUCCAAAUCGCAAUGCUGAAAUGGCUCUUGAGGAGCAGACAGGUACUCCUGAGCUGGCUACAGGAAAAGAAAAAGAAAAUAGGGGUGACAAGCGUACCCAACAACCUCCCUCUCCUGCCAAGUCUCCAUAG